AUGGUACCUACAAUUGCUAGAAAAAUCUUUAUCAAAAGUAAAGUAAAUGACAAUGUUACCAUUAAUAUAAAGUUUAUGUGUAAGAAAAAAUUUGGAGGUGUAAAAUUCCUCGAUACUAAUAGAACGUCCGAAGAAGCAGUUUAUUUUAAGAAGGAAGAUGAAGCUUUAUUAAGAAAUUUACUAAAAAAUAACCCUGAUAUUAACCCUGAGUACAAUUAUUCUGAUGUGGAAAGUGGACUAUGUAAUUUAUCGAAUGAUUUAUCUCUUGUUUUUUCAAAAUAUGGUAUAAAAGGAAUGGAUAACAAUGAUGUUAUUAGAGAUGUAAUUAGAGUAUUUGAAUUAAAUGGAUAUAGAAAAAUGUUGGAUAAAUGA